AUGACUAAACCGACACCUAUACCUAUCAGACCAUUCGAUGAUCCAUCCAAGGGAGAACAGGAAAGUGUUCAUGAUGUUUACGAAGAUAUAGCGGGUCAUUUCGCUCAGACGAGGUAUAAACCAUGGCCAAUAAUAGAAUCUUUCCUACUAUCUCUCCCUCCUCAUUCACUAGGUAUAGACCUCGGAGCGGGUAACGGGAAAUAUCUACCCACCGCUCUCAAAGCGGGUUUGGAGAUGAUCGCUGUGGAUAGAAGUUUCGGUUUGUUGAAGAUUGCCAAGGAUCUCGUAGGGGACAAAGGGGAUUGUGUGAGGGGUGAUUUAUGUGGGAAAUCAUGGAGAGGGGUAUUUGACUUUGCAAUCUCUAUCGCUGCCAUACAUCAUCUUUCCACCCAUCUCCGUCGACUAGACGCAGUUCGAACUCUCAUCUCCACACUCCAACUAAACUCUCAACCUCCUUACUCUAGAUUCAUGAUCUACGUCUGGGCGUACGAACAAGGAUCCUCCAGUCGGAGAAAGAUGGAUUUGGAGGUGAAAGAACAAGACGUCUUGGUCCCUUGGGUUAUCCCCUCUCAAUCUUCCCGUUCAAAACGAGCCACAACAGAAAUUGAGAUCGUCACAAAUGAUCAGAAAGUGAGUAGUGAGAAACAAAAAGUUUAUCAUCGAUAUUACCACCUCUUCGUCCAAGGUGAAUUACACCAACUAGUCGUCGAUGCUGCCAGAGCCGAGGGGUUCGAUCAUAUAGACGACGAUCACGAGCAACCGACCGGAGGGGAUCAUGGCGAGUUGAGAAAUACGGAGAAUGAGAAACGACGGUGGAUGAGGAUAAGGAGACAAGGUUGGGAAAAAGAUAAUUGGUGGUUGGAAGCGGAAGUUGGGUUGAGAAGUUGA